AUGCUGGGACUGGGAAAUAGCCAUCUGUAUUCAGUGGCCAAUCAAAGCUCGAAUUCAAACAUUUCAAGAGAUGAAAAGUACGAUUACAACGAUGAGGUAUCCGACGAGGACGAUGAGUCUGGGAUUUUCUUAGGCAAAGUGAGAGCCGAGAAUGGAUUCAGCUUGCGAUCUUUUAUUGACCAGAUCAAUGCCAAGACGAAAGCUUUAGCGAUCGCGCGAGAAUUGGAUGCGAAACGUGGCAUCGUCCAUCAAGAUGCUACCACAAGUGCAGGAUCUAUCGAUUCGACCUCGAGUACUUCGAGUGCUGCCCUAAAAACGGAUGAAGGCGUGCCAUCUCGUGCAACUAUCCGUCGAAUCCCCUCGGGGGCUCGAGCUUCCACCGCUCAACCAGAUCUAAGUGCCACACCAAUGAAAGACGUCCCACAAAAUGGCAAUUCUCAUGCACAAACGAUCAAUGAUUUAUUAGUGCAAUCGACGCCCAUCAACACCAGUAAAUCUGCUCCUUCGAGUAGAAGUACCCAGCCACGAGACCUCCUAAAGGAGAAGUUCAUUGAGAGUCACAAACCGCACACAGAUUAUGGACGAUUGACGUCAAUGUCAUCAAACAUGCAGGAUGCUAGUCUAGAUCCAGAGAAGCCAUCAGACAUGGAAAUUGAUGCGAUCAAUCAGCGAACAGCAGAAAUAAGUUCGGCAGCCUCUGGUGUUGGUGAGAAAGAUCAAAAGAUCAACGAACUACAGGCUUUAGUCCAAGAUCAAGAUCAACGGGCUACACGGCUUUUCGAGCAGAUACGAUCGCUGCAAGCCCAGGUUUCUAUGCAGCAGGAGCUGGCGCGAAGUAUUCACGAACAGAGAUCUCUGGAUCAAGAGGAACUAAAGAAGUGCAACGAACAGAUCACUUUUAGAGACCAUGAAUUAGACAAGAUCAAAGAGCACAUCGACCAAUUAAAUCAAGAUUUCGAAACGCACACACAAGAGCUCGAAAAAGAGGUAGGAGACCUGCGAGUGGCCCUGAACAAUAACAGAUCGUCGACCGACGAGCUAACAGCAAAGGUGUCAGCUCUAAAAAUGGAUAAAACUGAACUCGAGAACAAACUUCAAUUGCAGCGCACCGAAUGCGUCGAUUUGCAGUCGUCGAGAAAGGAUGAACAAGAAAAGUCUCAAAAGGAAAUCAGAGAGCUCAAUUCCAAAUUACAGGUUUCGGAAACCUUGAUAGAAUCUCUUAGAGCUAGUGCCGAUGUUCUGCGAAAAGAGCUCGAUACAGAAAAGAAUGAUUUUGCCGUUAAAUCAACUGUCUCUGAAGCCAAAUUCAAGGAACUCCGGGACAAAAAUGACAAGCUGGAAAAGGACGUGGAAUCACUCACAGCUGAAACGACAAAAGAAUCGUCACAUCACAAAGACAUUGUGUUGGAUCUGGAAGAGAAACUUCAAAAUGCCCUCGAGGAGACUGAGAAAGCUAAAACUCGAUAUAAUAUGUUAGAGAAACAACACGGAGAGCUAAAAGAUCUACGAGACUCGCUAGAGGGGACAAAUGAUGAACUGAAAAGCGUCGUAAACCGGCUUGAACACCUUUCAUCUGAGCAAGUGCAGACCAUAGGAAAGCUGGAAGAAGAGGCGGAAAGAAAAGUGAAGAAAGAAGGUUAUGCACUCUCGAGCGCCAAGAAGCACUCUAAACAGCUGGAUGAAAAGAUACGACAGCUGCAGGACAUCCUUUUAAUCAAAAAGGGUGAGCUAGACACCUUGAAAGAGGAGCAAGCAGCAUUGUCGCUAUUUUUGAGCAAGGCAACUCUUUUCCAAUUACCUGUCGGCGAGCUUAUCCUUGAACAGUAUAACCGUGACAGGUUCUGCUGUCAAUUGGAUACACAGUUCACUGUGAUAAACCCUGCAAUUGCGGGAUUCCUAACACAAGAUCAAAUAGAGUCGUCUUCAUCUACGUUGACCAGUUUAGAGGCUGCCAAAUCCGAUGUGGAUAGGCUGCAGAGCAGUAUCAAUAAGGAAUGGCAGCCCAAAGUGAAAGCACUGGAAACAGAGAUUGCAGACAGAAAGCAAGACCAGCAACAGCUACGUGGCAAAAUACAAAGUUUAGAUCGCAAAAUUGAGAAGUUGGAAACCAAAAUAGCUCAUUUGGACGCGGAAAGAGAGACUUCUCUGAAAGAGAAAGAGAAAGAUGUCAAAACAUGCCAAGAUUUGGGAAGCGAGAUUAACCUUUUGAGAUCGCAAUUGGCCGAGAACCAAAAGAAAAGCUUUGUGGAGCUUUCAAGCAAAAUCGACCAUCUCAGCGAGGACAAGUACAAGUUGCAAGGCAAACUACAAACUUUGGAAGCCAGUCUUAAGGAAAAAGAAUCAUCUGUGGCGCAACUCAGUGAAAAUCUAGAUCAAGAGCGUGCCAAACAAGCUGCCUCGCUGGACGAGCUGCAGCAGUUGCGCAAAGAUCUCACAAAGGCAAAAGGCAAUCCUGCGCGUGCCAUAAAUUUCCAAACUGCUUCGCAGGCACGCCCACACUUGAACCGGAAAUUGUACGACUCGCUGAUGGUCGACAACGUGAAUGACAUGGAUGUCGUGGACCUGCAAAAUGUGGUCAAAAACCUGAUUUUACUUCUAGAAAUUCCGCUAUCCAAGAUCACCAAGAAGAUGCCCUUAGUUGCAAUCUACCUACGUUACGAAAAGAGCAUUUGUCUACAUUUUGCCAACAAACUUCACCAUUUGAUAUUUCGCGAGACAAUUGAUAUCAAACGAUUCACAAAUAUUGUUUACGGCCAGUACAUCGAGCAUCAUGACAUAUGCCACCUGGAUCAUCCAUUAGAAGCUUGUCUUGAUAACCUAUACAAAGCUGUCAGUGCUAGGAUCUCGACAUCAUUGUGA